AUGAAGGUGAAGGAUGACGCUCUGAAGGAUGAAGAUGCGCUGAAGAUGAAGGUGAAGGAUGACGCUCUGAAGGAUGAAGAUGAGAUGAAGAUGAAGGAUGAAGGUGAUGCAGCUGAGGUGAAGGAUGCUGAUGGGACCGAGGACCAGGACCAGGACCAGGACCUGGACCCGGAGCAGCAGGAGAAGGAGCCGAUGACCGGAGCCCGGCGGGCCUCUGACGCGUCUCCUGUGGGCGGAGCCGAGGCCGCAGCGGCGGAGAAGAACGGUUCCGUGAAGCUGAAGAUCCCCGAGGAGGAGGAGGAGGAGGUGAAGUUCACCGGCCUGAGCAAAGAGGAGCUGCUGAGGGUGGCAGGGACCCCGGGCUGGGUGAGGACCCGCUGGACGCUGCUGCUGCUCUUCUGGCUCGGCUGGCUGGGGAUGCUGCUCGGAGCCGUGCUCAUCGUCCUGCAGGCGCCGCGCUGCCGAGACCUGCCCCAAACCAGCUGGUGGAACCACGGCCCGCUGUACCAGAUCGGAAGCGUCCAGGCCUUCACCGAGGGACAAGACCUGAAGGGUCUGCAGCAGAAGGUGGACGCUCUGUCCCAGCUGAAGGUCAAAGGUCUCGUGGUCGGGCCGCUGCACGUGGCUCCGCCCAACGAAGCCGUGAGUCUGAGGUUCGAAGAGAUUUCCCCCGAGGUCGGAAACCUGGAUCAGUUCAGAGGACUCGUCCAGGCGGCUCACAGGAAGGGUAUUUCUGUGGUUCUGGAUCUGACUCCAAACUACCAGGGGACAUCUGGACCCUGGUUCUCCAACGUCAGUGUGACCAACGUGGCCGAGCGGCUGAAGUCCGCUCUGGUGUUCUGGUUGGAUGAAGGUGUGGACGGCGUCCAGCUGGACGGCGUGGAGCGUGUGUCCACCAUCGUUCCGUCUCUGUGGGCCGACCUCCGAGCCAUCGUCCAGAACGGGACGGAGCAGCGUCCAGAAGGAAGAGUCCUGAUGGGGACCACUGAUCGCUCCUCGGUGGAGGACGUCUCCUCUCUCCUGUCCUCCUCCGGUGUGGACCUCCUGGUCUCCAGAGUUCUCCGUCCUGGAGACCCGGACGCCACGGAGACGGCUGAGUCCGUCCAGCGCCUGUACUCGUCCCACAGCCAGACGCAGCUGGCGUGGAGCCUGGGGGGCCGGACCUGGGGUCACCUGGCGUCCCUGGUGGGCCCGGCGCUGGUGAAGCUGCACCAGCUGCUGCUGCUCACGCUGCCGGGGACGCCGGUCUUCAACUACGGGGACGAGGUCGGGCUGAUGGACCAGGACACCAAGUUUCCCAAGAUGCUUUGGGACUCUGAUGACGCACUGAACGACACUCGACAGGAGGAGCGGGCCGAGCGUCUGUCCUGUCGCAGUUUCUUCAUCAGUCUGAGCGAGUUGCGCGGGAAAGAGCGCUCGCUGCUGUUCGGGGACUUCCUCCUCCUCGCUAACUCCUCCUCCUCGCUGGCCUACCUGCGGGUCUGGGACCAGAGCGCCCGCUACCUGGCCGCCUUCAACUGGGGGGAGGAGUCCACGCUGCUGCAGCUGAGCGACGCGGCGCUGCCCCAGCAGGCGGAGGUGGUGCUCAGCACCGACAGCAGCCUCCUGCCAGCAGGGGGCAGCGUGGAGCUGAGCAGCCUGCGGCUCGGCGCCGGGCAGGCGGCGCUGCUCACGUUCCCGUACGCUGGAUAG